GGAGGCUGGUGCUUUCUGCGCGUCCCCAGGACUUUGCCAUGGGCUGGGGGCCGCGGAGGCUGCGAGCGGCCGGGCGAGGGCAGCGGCGGCGGCGUCCGCACCGGGGCUGAGCCAGCAGCGACGCGCGGGGCGCGCGGAGAUGGCAGCGUCCAGCAACUCCAGCCUGUCCGGCUCCUCGGUGUCCUCGGAUGCUGAAGAAUACCAGCCUCCAAUAUGGAAAUCGUACUUAUAUCAGUUACAGCAAGAGGCCCCUCGUCCCAAGAGGAUCAUUUGUCCUGGGGAGGUGGAGAACAGACCAAAAUAUUAUGGAAGAGAGUUUCAUGGGAUCAUCUCCCGGGAGCAGGCAGACGAGCUUCUCGGAGGCGUGGAGGGCGCCUACAUUCUUCGAGAAAGCCAGCGCCAGCCAGGAUGCUACACAUUAGCUCUAAGGUUUGGAAACCAGACUUUAAACUACAGGCUCUUCUAUGACGGAAAACACUUUGUGGGCGAGAAGAGAUUUGAAUCGAUUCACGAUCUGGUCACAGAUGGCCUAAUAACACUGUACAUCGAAACAAAAGCUUCUGAAUACAUUUCCAAAAUGACAACCAACCCUAUUUAUGAACACAUUGGAUAUGCCACUCUGCUCAGAGAAAAAGUAUCCAGGAGGCUGAGCAGGUCGAAAAACGAAUCAAGGAAAACAAGCGUCACAAAUGAAGAACACGCAGCAGUUGAAAAGAUCUCGUCCCUGGUCCGAAGGGCCGCCCUCACGCACAACGACAACCACUUCAACUAUGAGAAGACACACAACUUUAAGGUCCACACGUUCCGAGGCCCACACUGGUGUGAAUACUGUGCCAACUUCAUGUGGGGGCUCAUCGCCCAAGGGGUUCGGUGCUCAGACUGUGGAUUGAACGUACAUAAACAAUGUUCCAAGCAUGUUCCCAAUGACUGUCAACCUGAUCUCAAGAGGAUCAAGAAGGUGUACUGUUGUGACCUCACAACACUUGUAAAGGCUCACAACACUCAGAGACCCAUGGUGGUGGACUUAUGCAUACGGGAGAUUGAAGCAAGAGGACUGAAGUCAGAAGGCCUUUACAGAGUCUCCGGGUUUGCCGAACACAUUGAAGAUGUCAAAAUGGCAUUUGACAGAGAUGGUGAAAAAGCAGAUAUAUCUGCCAACAUCUAUCCAGACAUAAACAUCAUCACUGGAGCCCUUAAACUGUACUUCAGAGACUUACCCAUUCCUGUUAUCACCUAUGACACCUACCCCAAAUUUAUCGAAGCAGCGAAGAUCUCCAAUGCAGAUGAGAGGCUGGAAGCUGUCCACGAACUGCUGAUGCUGCUGCCCCCUGCCCACUAUGAGACCCUCCGAUACCUGAUGAUCCACCUCAAGAAGGUGACGUUGAAUGAAAAGGACAAUUUCAUGAAUGCUGAAAACCUGGGGAUCGUGUUCGGGCCCACCCUGAUGAGGUCCCCUGAGGACAGCACCCUCACCACCCUGCAAGACAUGCGGUACCAAAAGCUGAUUGUGCAGAUUUUAAUAGAAAACGAAGAUGUUUUGUUUUAAUCUACCAGGAAAGUGAGCUGAAUGGCCCCGGCCCCGUCUAAGCUGAUAAGGCUAAAGGAGUAAAAGCAUUUCUUACACUUGGCUUGUUUUCCACACAAGUGACAGCAUUUUCUGGACCACAGCGGACUGUCAAGAUGGCUCCUGUGUCUCAGAGACGCUCUCAUCGUCCACGUGAGAAGAGCAGGGGUGAGAGUGACCAAGGGCCUUGUCAUGAGUCUUCGUCGUGCCUCCUACAUGUCUGUUUUGCUGGAAGAGUGAUUAAUCUUUCUCUAACUUAUUAAAAAAGGCAACGCAGACCUUUAAGCUUCAGUCUUAUCAGUAAUAAAAGGGAAUUUUAAUUCAUAGAGGUACUUGAUACAGUUAUACGUUUUCCACUUACAAAAAGAAGACAAUUCUAUGUUAAAUGUUAAAUGAGACUUAUAUUGUAAAAUGGAUUUUUAUUUUAGCUGCAAGAAUGUUACUUUAUUUCGGCAAAUAGAACUCAAUGCAGUGCAUUGAUUAUGACCCCGUGUACCUUGUCUCGCUUCUUGCUGUGAUUCCUGAAAAAGUUUACCAUGAAUGCAGUAUUAUCUUGACAUACCUCUGUCCUUACCCGUGCUUCGCAAUGAAAGUUCACCAGCCACCUGUGUCCCCGCUUUUGAUCGUUUUUGCUGUUAAGCACACUGGCAGUUUGCUGUCUUGCGGUAUAGGUUUAUAGGAAUUGUAGUACAGUCGGAAACAUCCGUGCGUUUUCCUUCCAUAACAACGUCGUGAAAUCCCCAAGUAGGUUUUGGCAUUGGGUGCAGUCUUUCUAUAUCAUGUGUGAAUAUCCCAGAAUAGGCAGAAUGUGGUCAUUUUACAUAAAAUGAUUCGGGAACACUGGUCGAAUCUGGGCCACGUAAAAAUAUCCCUGUUUCAUUCAUUUGGAAAUGUCUGUCACAUUUCUGUAUUUAUGAAGAGUGAAUCUGCAGAAUAAUUGUUGAUUUUUCUUUCAUUUUUGUUUUAUAAACAAGACUAUUUUUAAAAGUAAGAAUGAGUAAGUUGGCUUUUUACAAAUAUUUGUUCCUCCUUGAUAAAGUAGCUCUGGACGGAUAAUUUGACUUUAUUACUAUAGCUCCAUCGUACUGGUUAUAUUUAUCUUAGCAUGAGCUUUUCACGGCAAGAUUUCUAUAUUUUGUAACAUAGGCAAAACAUUUAAGGCAUCAAAACCUGUAAAUCUAAUGUUUUUCUGCAAUCCAAUGACAGUGUCUUUUCCUCUUGAUUGUCUUGAGCCAAUCCAUGUACUUACUCAGUGGUCUGGUUUUUGGGCGACCAGAAGAGAAUUACUGUGUGAGAAGUGAGCCGGAAGGAGGAGGGCAGUGCAAUUGGUGUCCCGGACGGUCCCAGGGACCACGCGGAUGGGCUCCGUUGGCACACGGGGGAGGGGGGUCAAAAUGGUUCUGCUGGGUCCCUGCUUUAUGAUGAUUUCUCCCAACUGUACAGACUUGUUUGUUGUAGCUUCUGUACUUCUUGAUACUGUCAAAGAAUUAUCUGAAAAUGGUUUUAUUUUGUGAAGUGAAUAAUACUUUGUAAUUUAUGAUAGUGUAAAUGGAAGGAAAAGCAUUAAAUGUAUUAAAUUCUUCUGUCU